AUGGCUCAAGAAUAUAAAUUACCGUUCGACCUCGACAACCCCGAUCUGCUUCACUUCGAUUCCUUUGUCGGCGGCUCUUGGGUCACAGCGAAGAGUGGAAAACGGUUUGAGGUUGUCGACCCUGGUACCGAUAUUCCCUGGGCGUCCUGUCCUUCGAACUCCGCCGAAGAUGUCGAUUCCGCUGUGCAAGUGGCACACGAUGCAUUUGAGAAGUUCAAAAAAGUUAACCCUCGUCAACGUGCACAGUGGCUUCUGAAAUGGGACACCCUUAUCCGCGAGGCUAGGACGGACCUGGCCAAGAUCCUCACCCAUGAGACAGGGAAGCCAAUAGCCGAAUCUUAUGGCGAAAUUGACUACGCGACUGGCUUUACCUGGUGGUUCGCUGGCGAAGCAGAGCGUAUCCAAGGGACUAUCGCUGUGCCCGCCGCGCCGAACCGCCGUGUCUUCACUGUGAAACAACCAGUUGGUGUUGCCGCUGCCCUCGUUCCUUGGAAUUUCCCAAUCGCCAUGGUUCUGCGGAAAGCUGGUGCGGCCUUUGCCGCUGGUUGCACGAUGAUCGUUAAGCCCAGCCCAGAAACCCCAUUGACGGCCUUAGUAUUGGCACACCUUGCACAAAAAGCAGGAUUCCCUGCUGGUGUUUUCAACGUGCUUACAACGGACUUGGAAAAUACCCCGCCACUUAGCGAGGCGCUGUGUAAGCAUCCGCUAGUGAAGAAGGUUACUUUUACUGGGUCAACGAGGGUUGGCAAGCUUAUCGCGUCACACUGUGCUCAUGGUCUGAAGAAGGUAGCACUUGAGCUGGGUGGAAACUGUCCAUUCCUGGUGUUCGACGAUGCGAACAUUGACCAGGCACUGGAUCAGCUUAUGGCGCUCAAAUGGCGUCACGCUGGCCAGGCAUGCAUUACGGCCAACAGAGUGUACGUACAGGCAGGAAUUUACGAGAGAUUUGCGCAGUUGCUCAGGGAGCGGACUGCCAAGCUAGUGGUCGGACAUGGUGCUCGCGACGGUACCACCAUGGGACCUCUCACUACCCCGCGCAGCAUCGAUAAGGCUAUCAGCCAGGUUGAAGAUGCGCAACGCCUCGGAGCGGAAGUUAUUCUUGGUGGCAAGAAGGUCGAAGGCACAGAGGGAUACUUCUUUGAGCCGACCAUUUUGAAGAAUAUGACCAAGGAGAUGCUGGUGUCGCGUGAAGAGACAUUUGCUCCUAUUGCUGCUUUGUAUCGCUUCGAGACGGAGGAUGAGGCCGUCCAGCUGGCCAACGACACUAGCAUGGGGCUGGCCAGUUAUGCCUUUACCAAGAACAUCGACCGUAUGUGGAGGCUGCUGGAGAAUUUGGAGGCGGGCAUGAUUGGUAUGAACACAGGUAACUCCUCUGCGGCUGAGUCGCCCUUUGGAGGUAUCAAGGAGUCUGGAUAUGGCAAAGAGAGCGGAAAGGAAGUGGCUGUGAACGAGUAUUUGGUGACCAAGACAGGGACGCUUACGAUUGAGGGGCAGUACUAG